AGAAGAAGGAGAGCCAAUACAUAUCAGUAUCAAGAAAAACCUGGUGGCUAAAGACAAGCAGAGCCAUGAAGUACAGCACUACUAUCAUCCUUCUGAAUGUCCUUUUCCUCUCUGCAGUUCUGAUAGAUGCUGUAUCCAUAAUGCGUUGCCAUUGCAUCAAAACGACGAGUGAAUUCAUCCAUCCAAAGUUCAUAAAAGAAUUGAUCAUCAUUAAUCCGGGGCCGCACUGCCCACAAACCGAAUACAUUGCCGUACUUCGAAGUGGAGUAAAGAUCUGCUUAGAUAUUAAGAAACGCUGGGUGAAGAAAAUAAUUAACAGCAAACUAAGAAAUCAAGAUUGAUCGUGAGAAGACUUUGCUGAAACUAUCCAGCGUCAGUUAAACCCAUCCUCUACGCUGACACUUAGGUGUUGCGUUGCACUGUUUGUGACUUUAGAUGGCUGAACCUGUUCAGGGUAAAACUGGUUUAAAUGGAGCAAGAGAACAGUUUACUUCUUGUCUGGUCUUGUCAAGCGCGAUCACUGAUUCACCUGUGUCUCCUUCUACUAGUCUGAUCCUCUUGUGUUAAUGCGAGGAGGCAUUGGCAAUAUUACUAUGUUGCUCAGAGACGAACAUUAUUGUUUGAAUUGCUCAAUUGCUCUUUAUAGUUGGUCUUCUGGAGAGGAACUAGUGAGAACUGACAGAGGUUUAACGCAGAGGGAUUACUGUCAACCUUAUCCUGCACUUGUUGUGAUUCUGUGUUUAUUAAUUUAAUAUUUUACCAGUUAUUCUUAGAAACAAGCUUCAUAAUUUAUUUUUUUCCUACACCACUAUAUCACAUAUAAUUUACUGGAGAGUUCGAUUUAUUUCACAAAAUAAUGGUUAGACUUAAUACAGUUGCAAAAUAGUGUUUUCGACACAAUCAUGUUAAGAUGCAAACAUUAUACAUAACUUGUAGAAGCUUUGAAAUGUAGGUGUAAAAGGAUUAGCAUCUAGGAUUUUCAAUUUCUGAUUUAUAUUAUCUAAGCAUUGUUUUUGGUGGUAGGGUUGUCAUUAACUGGAUCUAUAGACUAUAUAUAGAUAUAUAUAUAUCAGUGACUGUACUUUACACAGUGACUACACUUUACACAAUCACUGCACUGUUGUGAAGCUCAUUGAGAUGUUUCAAUGUCAUCAAAUGCAAGGAUUAUUAUUAUUAUUAUUGUCAUCACUGCCCAUAUUGUGCCUAUUUAAUGCAGUUUUACACAAUGUAAUUUUACACAAUCAAAUCCAGCAUUUCAAUUAAAGGCAAUUUAUAUAGUG